AGUGUGACCGGGAUGGCGCAUUUUCUUGCACCGAGUAAUGCGGUGUCGCUGGCGGCUGAGGAGGGUGGAGAGUUCUGUGGUGAAGUAGGGGGAGGGAUCCAUGUAGGCGUCAGGCGGAGUCUUGGUCUGAACUAUAAAGUGGGAAGUUGAUGCUGGGUACUACUACUCCCGGACCGGCAGCGCGAAAGUUGUGAUAUCACCGUUUGAACCAUCAGCUUUGAAAUUUAAAAACAAUGGAGAAGACUCAAGAAACCGUCCAAAGAAUUCUUCUAGAACCCUAUAAAUAUUUACUUCAGUUACCAGGUAAACAAGUGAGAACCAAACUUUCACAGGCAUUUAAUCACUGGCUAAAAGUUCCAGAAGACAAGCUACAGAUUAUCAUUGAAGUGACAGAAAUGUUGCAUAAUGCCAGUUUGCUCAUCGAUGAUAUCGAAGACAACUCAAAACUCCGACGUGGCUUUCCAGUGGCACACAGCAUCUAUGGAAUUCCAUCUGUCAUCAAUUCUGCCAAUUAUGUAUAUUUUCUUGGCCUAGAGAAAGUCUUAACCCUUGAUCACCCAGAUGCAGUGAAGCUUUUUACCCACCAGCUUUUGGAACUCCAUCAGGGACAAGGUCUAGAUAUUUAUUGGAGGGAUAAUUACACUUGUCCCACCGAAGAAGAAUAUAAAGCGAUGGUGCUGCAAAAGACAGGUGGACUAUUUGGAUUAGCAGUAGGUCUCAUGCAGUUGUUCUCUGAUUACAAAGAAGAUCUAAAGCCACUACUUAAUACACUUGGGCUCUUUUUCCAAAUUAGGGAUGAUUAUGCUAAUCUACACUCCAAAGAAUACAGUGAAAACAAAAGCUUUUGUGAAGAUCUAACAGAGGGAAAGUUUUCAUUCCCUACUAUUCACGCUAUUUGGUCAAGGCCUGAAAGUACCCAGGUGCAGAAUAUCUUGCGCCAGAGAACCGAAAACGUAGAUAUUAAAAAAUACUGUGUACAUUAUCUUGAGAAUGUAGGUUCUUUUGAAUACACUCGGAGUACUCUUAAAGAGCUUGAAUCUAAAGCCUAUAAACAAAUUGAUGCACGUGGUGGGAACCCUGAGCUUGUAGCUCUAAUAAAGCACUUAAGCAAAAUGUUCAAAGAAGAGGAUGAAUAAUAUUAAGCCAUUCUUGAUUAGGCCUGGUAGCUUAUUGCAGCUGACUAUUUUUUUUUGUCUUUUAGCCUAUCACUUUUUUAAAACUUUGGAUCAAGCUGUCACUCUCCACAAACUGAGUGAAUAGGGGUGAUGUGAAUGAGGUUGUUUCAAUUUAGAACCCCUUUGUACAGAUAAUCAUCAUAUACAAAGUUGAAGGAAUCAAAAGGAGCCACAUUUAAAUAGGUCUAAUUUGAAUGUCAGAAUGUGCUAUGUUUGGACCUUAUGGACAACUGCCACAAAUGUUCCGUUGAUUCUGUCAAUAAAGAAGACUUCAGA